AUGGAGCUGAUUGGAAAGACGCAAUACCAAGCUAUUCUCCAUCAAAUUCACGGUAUGGUUGGCAAAUAUUAUUACUGUGAUCCCACUGACUUUGAGGGAACUGACGAACAGAAAGCUUUAGUGCUUGGAGGGAUUGCAGCCAUAUGGGGUGAAAUGGUAGACGACACAAACAUCGAGAGCCGAUUGUGGCCAAGAGCCUCUGCCGUUGCUGAAAGACUGUGGUCGCCAAAAGAGAACACUAAAAAGGCACUUAAUUUUCCGUAUUUUGUUGCAGAAGAUGCUUGGCCGAGAAUGCAUGAACAACGAUGUCGUAUGGUAGCACGUGGAUUCCGUUUUCAGCCCGUCAACAAUCCUGAUUUUUGCCCUUACGAAUUCGAUUCCUAA